AUGUGGACUUUGACUGAAUUAAUUUUGAUAACACUCUCGGGUUUGGCAAAUUCACAGCUAGAUUACACUGUAAACUUCGAUUCCCCGAUAUACGUGUGCCCUGAUGAAGAUAGCCAGGGGUACGUGGACGCUUCCCAGGUGCAGGUGAAGAGGCACAAUGAGACCGCUACUAUAAUGACUGGAGUCAUCAAGUUCCUGAAGGGAUUCGAAAAAGACACUAUGAUAGAGUUUAUAGCAGAGAAAGACACCGGCGGUUCCUAUGAGAUGGUGGUUUCUCACGAGAUAUGUGACGUUUGCGGGGAGUUGCAGAACCCCGAGAGCGCUUAUGCUGGGUACUUGCCUUAUUUCGGAUUUCCCGAUCUCUGUCCGUUUGAGCCCAAUAACUAUAUCAUCAAAGAUCUGGUGGCCGACUCCCAAGACGUGCCGCUCAACAGCGCGAUGGCUGGACGGUACCAGGUCACCUUGAAUAUGUACAAGAACACGGACGGACAGUGUUUAGAUGAUAAGAUAUUUAUUGCGUGUCUGAAAUUAGAUUUUCUUGUUGAAGCUAUAUAG